AUGGUGGGAGUUAUAUCGUUGCUUACAGGGAGGGCUGGUCCAAGUGGCUUUGGAUCAGCUUCAACUGCAGAGGAGGUUACUCAUGGAAUUGAUGCCUCCAACCUCACUGCUAUUAUCACUGGAGGAGCAAGUGGCAUUGGAUUGGAGACAGCGAGAGUGCUGGCUCUGAGGAAUGUACACGUCAUCAUUGGUGUACGGAAUACAGUUAGUGCGAAGAAGGCGAAGGAAGAGAUUGUUGAGCAGAAGCCGUCCGCCCGUGUUGACAUUCUGAAGCUCGAUUUGUGCUCUCUCACAUCUGUUGCUUCUUUUGUCCACAACUUCCUUGCUCUUCAUCUUCCUCUCAAUAUCUUAAUGUUCCACUUCCCUUUCUCUUUCUCUUUCUCUUUUCUUUUUUAG